AUGGAGCAGAUCGAGUCCGAGAUCAGGAGGGUGCUGUUGGACCACCAGAAGAUCUGUGCCAGUGUGAGGAGCGAGGAGGCCACCAUAGAUUCCCUGAGCAAGGAGAUCGGGUUGAUUGGGGAUCGGGGAUGUGAGUCGGAGUUGGGGGACUUGGGGCGGCAGCGAAUGCACAAUUUGCUGAGCUACCAGUCUACGCUGAUUGCUAGGGCGGCUUCGAGGACUGAGCUUCUUCGGGUGCUGCAUGAUGAUCUCCUGGUCCUUUUCCUGCGAAGGAAGGAGCUCCGGCAGUCAGGUCUGUCGUCUCGUUUUUUCUAUUAAUUUUGUUUGGUUUUAUUCUGAUUGUAUAUGUAAGUAUAUUUGUGUCAAUUUUAUGCAUUGAAUUUUUCUCAGCCAUUCUCGCAUUAUCGGGUUGAUGCGAAUGUUUAUAUUUCGUGGCGGCUCUGUCGUGCAUCACACUCUGGCAUUUCUGCCCUCAAUUUUGUGUUCGUCAUGCCGGUCUCACAUCAUAAAUUGAUGGUUGGUAACUCUUUAGGAAUUGGGUUUUGACAUAUCUUUUGAGGUCAUCGCACUUGUCUGCUCGUGAAGCACGAACAAAUUUUAGAGUGUUUUACACGGGGAUGGUACAUUCCGAGCAUGUUGUAGUCAUACGAGCCUAAAUGUCCCGGCAUUUAGAUGGCAAAGUUUCUUUGGUUUAGGCUCCGCUCGGCUCCCCUCCCAGCAAGAACCUUGAAUAAUAAUUUUAAUUCUGGCAGAAAUUUUAAACUGAAAAAAACCACACUUCUCUUACCAUGGCCUAGUUAAUAACCUCUGUAAGCAUAAAACUCAUCAGAUGUCAGAUGCCCCAUCACACUGGCGAAGCAACCUGGCUUGCUUUGAUGGAGUGCAGCCAGGAAUGGAGUGAAGGAGGCCCGCGACUACUGUUUGCCUGGGCCGCCCUGGGAACCUGAGUCUGCCACAGGAAAGAGAGGCAGUAGUAGUUAGCAUGUUGGCAUGAAAAGGGAGGGGGUGGAUGGGUGGAGAAUAAUUGUGCUAAUGGGCUGCCUUUUAGGAACGAUGCCAUCUCGGGGAGAGUGAAGGAAAGAGAAUGAUUAUCGGUCUUAUUUAAUGUUGGCUUUUGAUGUAAUUCUCACUGUGGAUCAGUUGUUGACCUCUUUUAGUUAGUUUUAAUUCGAGUCAAAUUAAUGGAUGGUAGUAGAAGUGCUAACAUCUAAUGGUUAGGUUGGACUGGGUGGAUUAUAUGUAAAAUAAAAAUAGUGGCUCUUUCAAUUCAAAUGAAAGGAGCUAAAAUCAGGAAAUCAAUACGUGUGUUGGCUAAGAAACAACUCAGGCCAAAGCACUGCGUGGCUUUCUUUAAUGGGGUAUAGUGAAUUGACGACGAAGUAGGAGGCUGGAUCAUGAUGGGCAACCUGGAAGGCCUCCUACCCAGCUAGCAUCUGCUAAGAUGUGGCUUAGGCAUGUACAUCCUUCAUUUAUGUGCUUAAAGAAGGGUUUAUGAGUAGUAAGCUUACUUUUAUGAUCAUAUCCCUUUCCCUUAGUCGUUCGUAACUUAAAAAACUUCUUUCGGGCGGGAGGGUUUGUAACACCUCCGCACUCUUUAGAGUGCUAACUAUCUGAUCACAUGGUUGCACUACGGCAUCACUUCUAUGACAGAAGCGGGAACAGCCUGCGCAAAUACCUUACUCUAAGUGCUUUGACCGAAAGGAAUGCUGCAGGCUUGAUUCUCUUUGAUCGUGGUAUUUUUCUUGUCACAAAGGAGAAUGUAAUUUCUCUUCAAUAAGAGAAAUAUUGUGAGCUAGAUUUCUGGAAAUGAUGGAGAAUGUUAAAUCGCAAGCAUGAUUUUUCUUUCAUGCUGUCCACUUGGUUACAAUUGGUGUUGACACAAUGCAAAAAACUGCCUCAGCAUUCUAUUCUGAAAGGGAUCGGGCUAUGCUUAAUAUGUAUUAAAUGUAUCAGAUACAGGUGGCUACCGCUGUGAUCUUUAAGGAACUCGUGAGAAUGUGGCAGAGGAAAUGACACCCAGUGGUGGACCGUAUAUUUUGUUUGACCAUUCUUCAUGUCACAUUUUAGGCUUCUGGACAAAGGAACACUCGGACGUACAAAAGGCUUGUCUCCCUGAACUCGGUAAACUGGUUUUCAAGUUUCAUUCACAGUAGGAUAGUAUUUCUUGAUGUAAGUUCGUUGUUCGUCCCUUUGGGGAGAUUGGGUUGAUCUUUCUUGGGAGAUCUGUGCCGCAGUUCUUACAUAUAUUUUCCUUCCUUGAGAGCAGCCUUUGUGAGCUCUGUGUAGAUAUUUGAAGCUACAUCUUUUAUAUUCUUGUAUACAUGUUCGUACGAGGGUAUUGAAUUUCAAAAAACUUUGGCAUCACCCCUUAGAUUCAGUGUGCUUUAGGCGUUUGUAGAUAUGCUUUAGGUUUUUCAAGAUUCAGUAUUUUUUAUCCCGAUUUUUCCUGGGUUGUUCUGGGUGGUUUCUAGUUUCAAAUGGUAGAUAUUGAGCUGGGAUGUCUGGGUCCCGAGCAAGAUGAUUUCAGGCGUGUCUUAAAUGGUUUGUGGACUGCUAGGCAUGCAUUACAAUUAUAAAUGCCUGAUCGAUACAAAUAUUUACGAGUCUCUAGUUCUCCAUCUGGUAGUUUGAGUCUAGUUUUUCUUCACUUUGGCAUCACCCCUUGGAAGUCACUCUUUUUUGUAGAAGUACUGAUUUCGUGUGAUAUAAUAUUUUCAGCGAACUCUAACGAAAACAAUACAUGGAAGGAAGAAUUAUGAUCAGUAUUUCCCCCCUCGUUGAACAGUAUUUCUGGCGAGUAAAGUAACACUUUAGCGUAUUAUUCUAUGAUUUUAAAAAUAUCUGGAUAACUCAUCGUUGGAGAAUAAUGGUGCUGCUUCCUUUUAAGAUUAUUUUUUUCCCCCUUAUUUUCAUGCUCUGUUCAUUUUAUUUUUUCCGAGGAAGGCUGUGGAUCUCAACCCUUAUUCAUUUUACGAUGGAAUGUUGACCUGCAAUUCGUGUGAGAACUGUCGAUGCAACUAAUUCAUUUGUAUUCUCUGCAUUCAUUUCGCUCACAGAUGGCCUCUCUGGGCUUGGCAUUGAUGUAGUGCCUAAUCUUUCUCCAAGCUCAGGAUUGUCAAUUGGUGAUGAGAAUAAUGAAAGGAGGCUGAAUGAGAGUGCAAUGCCUGCUUUUGUGGACAUCAUGAGAAUGAGUGAUGGACAAACCUACUUGGAGGAAGUAACUACCGAGGAUCUGCAACUCCCAUUAGGACUCAAAAUCAUGCAAAACAAUGUGAGUGAUGAUUUAUGCUUGACAUCAGAAGAUAAUGGUGAAUAUGGUGACUUUCAGUAUGACAACAAUAUCCUGGAUGACAUUGCAAUGAGUGUCCUUGAUCCAGAUUCAAAUAUCAUGAGCAUUUUUGGGGAAACAAUGGAGAAUCCUGAUCUGCCGUCUGCUGAAAUAGAAGGUAAAUGGGAUAUAGAUCUAUUUUUUUUCAGGUAUCUGCGCCUAUGGUUAUUUGUUAUGCAUCAUUCAUCAUACGGUCACCACAUUUGAUAUAAUUAUUAUUCCUUUUUCUUCUUUUUUUCCUGUUUGUACAAUCGCAUUUGGUGCUCACUUGGACUUUUUAUGUUUGUUGCUACAGGUUCUGGAGAAAUAUCCAAAAACAUCGGUUCCCCAGCUUAUCGUACUUUGGCCAGUCGAUUGGCCGUGGAUUUUGAUGAAUUUGGUAAUCCUACUGGCCCAAAUGCUGGGGCUUUCAAAAGAUCAAUCAACUCGUAUGUCUGCCAUUUUUUCCCGAUAAGAUUUAAGCAGAUUGGUGAUGUUCCAGUUGAGGAUUACAAGGCUGUUCUGAAUGUGUUAACAGUAUGCACCUUCGUUUUGCUCUUGCGUCCCUUUUGGAAUCUCAAAGUUUCUUAUAUCAUUACUUACGCGUCGGCAUCCUUAUCCCUUGAUUUCUGUUUAAUGCCAAAGCCCUUUCUCCCUUCAGGAGAGAUAUAAUUUUGAUCCUAAUACAAGCUAUACAAGGAAGAAAAUUUCAUCUUGUUACAGACAGCAUAAAUACAAGCUCCUGGUUCAGGUGAAGAAAGACUUGGAGAGGGGCAUUGAGCCACAGAAGCCAUCCUACGUAAAGAAAGAGGACUGGGAUGCUUUUGUGGUGAAGACUAAAGAUGAGGAAUUCGACGUGAGUUUCCUUCUACAGUACAUUAAUUUCACCUACGACUGUUUUGUGUGUGCAUGGCCAAACAUUGCGCGACUCUUAGACACAUUUAGCAUUUCAGAGGAUCAGUAAGAAAAAUAAAGCCAGCAGGAGUCAUCAGGGUGCCCUCAGUAGGAAUGGCUCGCCAACUUCUCUUCGCCGGAGAAAGCUAGUGAGUGUUGCUCGUACCCUUGAGGUCCAACCCGGACAUCUUCUCUAG